AUGGCUAAGUCAGACGCCGAUGAAAAUACAGAGUUCCUCCCCAUGGCUCGCCCGAGAUCCACGUCGACCGCCUCUCAAACCUCCUCCGAUUCGGGCCUUUCUGUCGAAUCGUCAUUCUUAGGAGAGAACAAACGCGAUGCGACAAUGACCGAGAAUUUCAGUGUAGCUGAGGAGGCCAGAUACCGUGAUAUGGAAGAUGGGGAUGCUGCGGCGGAUGACCCGUUCCUCCCUGGAUCGAAGAAGCCGACCACUUCAAGUCGAACCCGCCGGAUAUUCUGGGCUUUAAUAAUCCUCUGUGUGGGAGGCUGGGUGCUGGCUUUUGUGCUAUUCCUCACCCAGGGUCGGUCGAAGUACCAGACCGCUUCCGAUACUCUGCAACUGCACGAACCGGAUUCCAACUCAGGGAGCACGAGCGCGGGGAAACCCGUGACGCUAGAUCAAGUUCUCUCCGGUGAGUGGUCGCCUACGUCGCACUCCAUUUCCUGGAUUGCGGGGCCGGAGGGUGAAGACGGCCUCUUGGUGGAACAAGGCGAGGGUGGAAACGAAUACCUGAGGGUUGAGGAUAUUCGCAGCCGCAAGGACGGUGAGGAUACGCUGGAGGGAAGGGUGUUGAUGCAGAAGUCCAUUGUAAAGGUGGAUGGGCAUGCCUUUGUGCCUUCCAAGACCUGGCCGAGUCCCAACCUGAAAAAGGUACUACUCAUGUCCGACCGGGAGAAGAACUGGAGGCAUUCGUACAUUGGGAAGUACUGGAUCUUCGAUGUGGACACGCAAACCGCCCAACCUCUGGACUCUAAAGUGCCUGAUGGGCGAGUGCAGCUGGCAACUUGGUCGCCAACCUCGGAUGCAGUCGUCUUCGUGCGUGAAAACAACAUGUACUUGCGCAAACUGUCGUCGGAGUCCGUCAUUCCGAUCACUAAGGACGGCGGCAAAGAUUUGUUCUAUGGCGUUCCUGACUGGGUAUACGAAGAGGAAGUGAUCUCGGGAAACAGCGUGACCUGGUGGUCGAAUGAUGGGAAGUACAUCGCCUUCCUUCGCACCAACGAGUCUGCUGUUCCCGAGUUCCCUGUCCAGUAUUACCUGUCGAGGCCAUCGGGCAAGAAACCUAUUCCAGAGCUGGAGGACUAUCCCGAGGUCUCACAGAUCAAAUAUCCCAAGGCCGGAGCUCCGAAUCCGGUCGUUAACUUGCAAUUUUACGACGUCGAGAAAAACGAAGUGUUUCCCGUUGAGGUGGCCGACGACUUCGAAGAUGACGAUCGUAUCAUUUUCCAAGUGCUGUGGGCUACCGAGGCGAAGGUUCUCAUCCAGGUCACCAACCGAGAAAGUGAUUACCUGAAGGUAUUCUUGGUCGACACCAAGACUCGGACGGGAAAGCUUGUCCGAGAACAAGACAUCGCCGCUCUUGAUGGAGGGUGGAUAGAACCGGCGCAAUCCACCCGGUUCAUUCCUGCCGAUCCCGGCAAUGGGCGCCCAGAGGACGGAUAUGUUGAUGCCGUGGUCCACGACGGAUACGUGCAUCUCGCCUACUUUACGCCUCUUGACAAUGCGGAUCCCGUCAUGCUCACGACGGGUGAGUGGGAGGUCGUGGACUCGCCAUCCGCAGUGGACUUGAAACGAGGACUUGUUUACUUUGUUGCGACGAAAGAAGCUCCGACCCAACGCCAUGUUUAUCGAGUGCAGCUGGACGGGAAGAACCUCCAACCUUUGACUGACAUCUCGAAACCGGGAUACUUUGAUGUAUCCUUUUCCGAUGGAUCUGGGUAUGCGUUGCUCAGCUACAAGGGGCCUUCGGUGCCGUGGCAGGCGAUCCUCAACACCCAAGGCGAUCAGCCUAUUCUCGAGAAGACUAUUGAGGAUAAUCCUCAGCUCUCUCGCAUGGUGGAGGCAUUUGCUAUCCCCACAGAAAUUUACCAAAACGUAACCAUUGAUGGCUUCACGCUUCAGGUUGUCGAACGCCGCCCGCCGCAUUUCAACCCUGCAAAGAAGUACCCUGUGCUUUUCUAUCUCUACGGAGGCCCUGGCUCGCAGACUGUGGAUCGUAAAUUCGCUGUUGAUUUCCAAUCCUACGUUGCUUCCAGUCUAGGCUACAUCGUCGUCACCGUUGACGGACGCGGCACUGGAUAUAUCGGUCGAAAGGCCAAAUGUAUCACCCGUGGAAACCUAGGGUAUUACGAAGCCUAUGAUCAGAUCACGACUGCAAAGAUGUGGGCUGAAAAGCCGUAUGUUGAUGAGGCCCGCAUGGCCAUCUGGGGCUGGAGUUACGGUGGCUUCAUGACCUUGAAGACCCUCGAGCAGGACGCUGGAGAGACGUUCCAGUAUGGCCUAGCCGUUGCUCCUGUCACCGACUGGAGAUACUAUGACUCCAUCUAUACAGAGCGUUAUAUGCAUACACCCCAAAACAACCCCUCGGGGUAUGAUAACUCGUCCAUCACCGAUAUGUCUGCAUUAGAGCAAUCAGUGCGCUUCCUCGUCAUGCACGGCGCCUCGGACGACAACGUACAUCUUCAAAACACACUCGUGUUAGUCGACAAGCUGGACUUGUCCAAUGUUCAGAAUUAUGACCUACAUUUUUACCCGGACUCGGAUCACAGCAUUAACUUCCACAAUGCUCAUUAUAUGGUCUAUAGCCGUCUGUCGAGCUGGCUCAUCAACGCCUUCAAUGGCGAGUGGCAUCGAACUGCCAACCCCGUUCCCGACGAAUCGAUGUGGGGGCGUAUCAAGCGAUCGAUCCCUAUAUUCGUGCAUUGA